GAGGUCAAAGACGAGGUUUGGUACUUACGGGUUCCCGCGGUUUGUGAUGAAUUCUAAACAAUUUUCUGACAUCUGAUUGUGCAAUUGUGGAUAAAUGAACAGAACGGUGAUAAAGUGAUACGGCAGUAAAACUUGAAGAACGUGUAAUUUGACUAGCUAAUGUCAUCAAACUUUUCACAGCAACAACGGACAAAGGACCAUGGGCAGCCAACGAUCAGGCUCAUUAUCACAGACGUCCGACGGCUACUUUUCCGUCGAUGCAAGUAAUUUCCAAGAACUUCUACCAAGGCUUAAAGAUUUUCUUAGAGAAACUGAUUGCCGAGUACAGCUGGCGGCCAUCAGGACGUUGUUGGGUCCAUGUGUGGCAAUUUGUUCGCCAAAUUUACUCGGCGAGACAAUUUUAGACGACGCAACUCCUGUCGCACGACGUUUAUUCUUCGAGACCGUAGACCGGGUAGAAGGACUGGUAACGUCAGCGACAUUCGAUGUCCUAAAUGAUGUCAGAGGGAGAUUGGAAUUCUGUGAGGAUUUGAUGGAAUGUUGGACUCAGUGUCUCGUCCAACUGUGCAAGCUUGGAAAAUUACCUGCUUUACAAGUACGAGCGGUUUUGGAAAAUGUUGUCGAAGUAAUAAAACGGUCCUUCGAACAUUGCAAAACAAGCGAAGAAGCUUACGGCGUUUUAUUCGAAAAGGUUAACGAAAGGCUAACAACGUUGUUUCGAAAAACGAACGAGGUGCAAAAAUUAUUCUGUCAUAUUCUGGAACGAGUAAUAGUAUUUAAUAACGAUGUAAAAUCUGAAUUAUCCGCUCUGGCUAAAGCUGUUAGCGUAACGGGAGAAAUCUGCUUGCUGAUCGACGGAUUGGACACGAAAAGUAUGGCAGAAUGUUGGAAAGGCUUUACUAAAAUCGCCGUCAUUUAUUGCAAGGACUUGAAGACAUUUUCACCGCCUUGUGUCACUCCGCACUUGGCUUCACUCGCAGAUGCAGUUUCUUCGUCUGUUCGAACGAUAGUAGAAGAAGCUGACCAAGCAAACGUCGCGCGAUCGAUAAAGUUGCAUAAACUCUUGUUGAAAAUCUUGCACAAACUGUGUGGUUCAUAUUCUGGAUAUUUGGGAAACGUUGCUGCCUCAGCUGUGCUUCGACUGCUUGUCCAACUUCAUAGGUAUUCGCGGUCCUGUCUAAAAAUGCUGAACAUUCAACUUGAAAUUGUCGACUCUAUUGAGGCCAAUUUUACAUCAAGUAUAGAUCAAUUAUUAGACGCCGUUAUCACCGACUCGGAACUUAAACAGGCUCUUUUCACGUACAAAUCGAACGGCACGGCGGAUGAUAUUGGAUAUUAUUUUUUAACCGUAAACAUAGUCAAUAAACUGAUUGCAACAUCCAACGAAUCAGAACGCCUAUGGCGGAAGUCACCAUUCGAUAUUUUGGAAGUAGCCUUUGCCAAUGUCAACCUUCUACAAGAAGAACUUUUCGCGGGGGAACUUUAUUUGGGAAAUCUGCCGCUUUACGAUGCUACUUUGAUCGCGAUCUGCGGACUGGUAGCAUCGACGAGAGACGAGGAUUUUCCAUCCCUCGAAAUUAUCCUUUUGAAGAAUCUUUUGGGUGGAAAUCUAUGGUGUUCUCUAAUGGCCGCUGACGUUUGGUGUUUCAUUGGAAAGUACGCGUCUUCAGAUUUAUGCUACAACCACAUUAAGUACUUGUUGUCUGUAUAUGAACAUUUAAAAAACCGAAACACCUCUCUUGAGGCUGUGAUGUUAGAGAAUCUGAUAUUUCGGCUUUACAUCCAAUCGCCGUGUGAGACGAAAAAUCGUCUGAUCGACAAAUUCGAGACAAAUAAGGCCCGUUUUUGGACACCUUUAAGGCGCUGUAUCUCACAAAGCGAUAAAAUGUUUUUGUACGAGUUGACUUUGCUGGAAGUUGAAAGUAUUGCCACGACCUGGGAAACCCUCCACAAGCAACCCUCCGUUGAAAAUUGGUCUCGUCUUAUAAACCAGUUGUCUAUUGUCGGAACUUUCGGUCAAUACCAAAACGAGGACAUUGUCAAAACUCUAAUUGAAAUAUGGAACUGCCUGGGGAAAUCUAUGGACGAGUUUGACGGUAUACAUUUGCAUAUUAUCACUCAGCUAAUCGCUGUUCUCUUUGAGGCGACGCUAACUCUCCAAGAUCGCGACAAAGAUCAUUGCACUAUACUAUCAACAUUGACGUCUCUGGUCCCUCAAAUAGCUCCAUGCCUGCGAGUUCGUGUGUCGAAUUACCUGAAGGAAUCAACAGAGAAUUUUGAAAAAAGCGGCUCUAAGACGGUAGAGGCAUUGUCGAAUCUUUACUGUUCACUGUUGGACGAUUCAAAUCCGUGGAGUAAAGAGGAAGCAUUGGAAAGUCUCGCACACGUAACGAGCGCAUCGCACAAGGAACUAGCGUUAGGAAUCGUGGAUGCAGUCGCUGGCGUCCCAAAAGUACGCGAUAGCGUUUCGCUUUAUCUAUCUCAGACUCCGUUGGACAGUCUGAGGGGAUUUACAUCGCCGGAAUCGUUCUUGAGACAAUUAUUCCAAGUCCACAGAAGAAGUACGCCCGGGAAUCACGUUUGUACGGAUCGUGAUGAAUCCCACAGGGAAGAGAAACGCCGGAAACUUGAAGCUGCCCGUGGAACGACGCCGGGGACUCCAGACGAUAUUCGAUAUCGUAUCGAUAGAUUAUCUGACGAUAUUGAUCACAUAUUAUCACGAAAGCAAGAUCUGACUGAAUUUUUUUCAAAUAGGCUCGACGUCAUAGCUAAUAAAAUAAUUUCUGCUUUGCAUGAAGGAUGAUUUGAAACUAUAAAUUCAUCCGGUAUAAUAACACACAUUUCUCGACGUAGUUGCUAAGCUUUACAAUAUUGUAAUCUAUAUUUAUUUAUAAGAAGAAAACACGGAGAAAAUGACAACUUGAAAGUUUGGGAUAAAAAAGAA